AAUAGAACUGAAAAGAAGAAACUUUCUUGGAUAUAUAGAAAGAAGACGAAAUUACGAAAAUCAAAGGAAUCGAUAAAAGAGGUUGAUGACAAUACGGAUGAUAAUAAGAAACCUAGGAUUAUUGUUCGUAAUGUAUCGUUCAAGGCAACUCCAGACGAUAUAAAAAAAUUAUAUGAACCAUUUGGUGAAAUAUUAGAGAUAAACUUUCCAAAACGUGCAGAUGGUUCGCUAAUUGGGUGUUGUUUUAUACAAUUUAAACAAUUAGAAGAUGCCUCAAGAGCAAUAUUUAAUACAAAUAAGAAGGAAUUUCUUGGUAGAAUAAUAAAUAGUAGUUGGGCUGUUUCAAAAUCAAAAUUUUGUGAAAAAUUGAAAAAAGAGUUAGAAAAUGUAGAAAACUUAGAUAAUGAACAUGAUGCAAGUAAAGAUAAAGGAAAAAAUAAAGAUGAAAGACAUGAAGAAAAUAAACAAAUCAAACAGAAGAAUCAAGAAGAUCCAUCUAAACAAAAAAUAUUGUUAGAAAUGAAAAAAGAAAAGAGGAAAUUGUUGAAGGAAAGAACUAGAAAAAAGAGAGCAAGGAUUGUAAUAAGAAAUUUAUCAUUUCAGAUAAAUGAAGAAGAUUUGAGAAAACAUUUUUCCCUAUAUGGACCAAUAGAGGAAAUCAAAAUUUUGAAGAGAAGUGACGGCAAAAAUGUGGGAUGUGCAUUUUUAGAAUUUAGAAAUGUACAAAGUGCAGCUAAAGCUAUAUAUCAUGCAAAUUUGCAACCACUUCUCGGUAGACCUAUUGUAGUUGAUUGGGCUAUACCAAAAAGUAAGUUUGUUCAAAAUAAUUCUACAAAUGUACAGGAAGGUGAAAUAAAAAUAAAAGUGGAAAAAGAAAGUGAUACAGAAGAUACAGAUAACGCAAAGCAAUUAAUCUCAAACGGAGAGAUAGAUAGUGAUGAAAAAUUCGAUAUUAUCACAGAAAAUGUUGAAUUUGAUAAUGAUGAUUCAGAUAAAGUUGAAAUUGAAACAGAAAAUGAAAGUGAAGUAAUCGAAGAUGAUAAUCAAUAUGAAAACGAAGAACAAGAAAAAAUAGUUACAAAAAAAAUAAAACCACGUUUCGAAUCUCAUGAUGUUUCUGAAGGAAAGACUGUAUUUCUAAAAAAUGUACCAUUUUCUGUGAAAAAUGAUGAGUUAAAACAAUAUAUGGAACGAUUUGGACCUGUUUAUUAUGCUCUUGUAUGCAUAGAUCCAUUAACAGAAUUUUCAAAGGGUACAGCAUUUGUUAAAUUUAAGAAUGCUGAAAGUGCAGAAAAGUGUUUGUCAGCAGGAAAUGAAUUGCAAAUAGAAGAUCAAAUACUUGAAGCACACAGAGCAUUAGAUAGAAAUGAAAUCGAAAAUAAGGCAAAUUCAAAACAAUAUAAACAAAAGGAUUCUAGAAAUUUGUAUCUUGUAAAAGAAGGAGUUGUAUUAGCCGGAAGUCCAGCUUCAAUUGGAGUUUCAGUGGCAGAUAUGGCAAAACGGUUACAAAUAGAACAAUGGAAAUCACAGAUCUUGCGAAAUUUAAAUAUGUUUGUAUCAAGAGUACGACUCGUUGUUCAUAAUUUACCACUUACGCUGAACGAUGAUAAAUUCAGAAAAAUUUUUGAACAUCAUAGUCCUUCUACGGCGGUUAUACGAGAGGCACGCGUUAUGCGAAAUUUAAAAAAUGUGGAUAUUAAAGGAGUGGGAAAAUCGAAAGAAUAUGGAUUCAUUUCAUUUACAAAGCAUGAAGACGCGCUUGAAACUUUAAGAAAUGUGAAUAAUAAUCCAAAUAUAUUCACUUCAAAAAGGAGACCAAUCGUAUCCUUCUCAAUAGAAAAUCGAAUUAUGGUGAAUGCUAAACAGAAAAGACUUCAAAAAAGUCGGGAAAAUAAUCCUCUUUGGUCGGGAAAUAAACUGAAAAGGAAAAUGGAAGAUACGAAUGAAAAAGUUACAACUAAACGGUUAAAAAUUGAGAGUGUAGACAAAUCUAACUUAAAACCGUACAGUGGUACGGUUGGAAAACCUGGUGAAAAUAAAUUGCGAUCGAAAUAUAAUUUAAGAACUCAGGCAAUGGUGCACAGUCGAACAGUAAAGGAAGAGAAAAAAAUCAAAAAGUCUUCUAAAAAAUUAGAAAUGAAAAGAAAACAAAAAAUUACUAGUAAAAAUGAAGUUAAACCAAAACAAAGGACGAAACUAAAUCACGAUGAUGUGAAUUUAGAAAAACUUGUAAAUAAAUACAAAGAUAAAUUAAAAUCGAUAGAAUUGAGAAAAUCUAAA